AGAGCAAAAGUUUUUAAUAGGACAGCAAAUCAAAUGGGUAUCCAUUUCACUUCUUUACCUGCUGGAAUGAGUCGGCAUAAAUUAAAUCAAAGCAACUACAGUAAAAAAUUCCCUAGUGGCAAACCAUUCGAAGCCUUCUUUCAAAACUUGUUGUUUGCAGAAAAGCCCAUUGGUAAAUCCAACUUUGGUAUCACACGUCAUCAAUUAAAGGAUUUCAUCAGUGCUGGUAUGGAACAGUUUGUGGUAGCAUUGAAAAAGGAAAAGGCACCGCGCGGUCAUUUCGUCCAUGUCACAGAUAUGUUGCAUCAACCUUUUAAAGACGUCUUAAAAUCAGAAACCAUCAUUGAAUACCCCAUCUUUUAUAUCUGGUUAAAAUCCGAUGGUUUACCCAAGGAAGUAGUGACACUGGAAGAAAAGAAACAAUGGAUUGCCGUUGUCAAGGACGAACCUGUGGUAGUGAAGGAGGAGGAGGAGGCAUCUGCGACCAUUUUACCCGUAAAAGAAGAAGUGGAUGUCAAACAAGAACAGGACGUGUCAUGUCAGCCCACCGUAGCUAUCGAUGGAGUGUCUGUCCCUAGUGAAGAGGUGAAAGAGGAACCAUCCGAACCACGCGUAUUCAUCAGUACAGCAACUCCAGUAGAGGAACAAUCAACCAUCGUCGAUGACGACACUGUAUAG